CCGGAAGGUCAGCAGCACCACAUUUCGAAUCGAUCCACGUGGCCCGAUGGCGAAUCCGUCGACCCCCGCUAAGCUCCGUCUCCGCAGCGAAAAGCACUUGAGCAACAUCACGAAGCGUGGCAACGUUCCUGCGAGCACAAGGGUGUCGCAUGAUGGAUACAAAGUUGGCCCCGUCCUCCUCGGGUUCCUCUUCUUCCUUGUUGUAGGAUCAGCGGUUCUCGAAGUCCUUCGGGCGUCUCAAAUUGGCCUAUAAACUUCAUCGACUGAACCUUGUAAUAUCAUGUCUAUCUUCAUGCCAACAUAAA